UGCCCGGUGCGGGGCUCCGCGCUCCCGCUGCGGGUCGGGCCGUGCGAGCGCCUGGCAGCUGCUGCCCGUGCCCGCCUCGUCACCGGGGUCGCGCGGGAGGGAGAGCGGCGAGCAGGGAGCGCUUCUCCAGGGUAACGCCGUCGCUUGCGUUACCUCCGAGCUGCUUCCGGUGCGGUAAACGGUGUUUGCGGCGCGGCUGCGGUUAGGAGAAGUUGGCCUUAAAACUGUGAUAAAGCCCUUGUCCUACGGAGGUGACGGCCGCAGUGUGAGAUUUGCUCCCACAGGCUGUUUUCUCGUGCUGCCGCGGUGCUUUGGGAUGCAGAGGUACAGAAUGCUUCCCUCUCGGACAGAGGACGGCUACACGUCAGCCUGCUUCCAGUGCUGCUGUGGUGCCGGGCCGAGUGAAGGCUCACGUAGAAAUAAGGCUGUCAGUUCACUCGGGUCUGUGCCCAGCUGAAGGGAGGGCCCGAAUCACAGCACACCUGUGGUCAGUGCUGCCUGGAAACACUCUGGCAGGUGGGGAAGCCCACGCCUGUUAUUUGUUUAAUCCACCUUCUGUUUGAUGCCUCUGCCAAUGCAGGGCAAUGUGGAGUUGUUCCCCUGGUGCAUUUCGGUGGAGAGUUUUGGAAACUUCUCUGGUAUCCUCGCUCAGACUUUCAGAUAGUGGAUUUCAGAGAAGCUUAAUUGUUGUUUUUCCCUUUCCUUUAACCUCUUGCAUACUCUUUCCCCUUUCUUCUGUAUUCUGUACAAGAGUACAAGAACUGCAGUCAACACCAAGGAUGAGUGUGCUGCAGGUUGAUGUAGAGGUAUCACAAUUAUAAUUGUCUGCUCCUGUGAUAAUUCCCAGUAGUCUGUUUGUUUUCACUGCUAAUGAACACGAGCCAAACUUUAGAUAAAUCUGUUCUUAGUGGCUGUAAAAUCUCAUUUAGUGAAGCGUAAUUAACUUGGAACCCAAUGUGUGUAAAGAUGCAUCUGCUUCAGUGCUGUUAUUUUACCACCUAGAUGAUAAAAGUCCAUGGUGUGUGUAUGGGAACUAUUAAGUCGUGGUCUGAACCAGUGACUGAGCACCUGGUGAAGGAGUGUAGCCAGCCCUGGGGCACAGGUGGAAGCAGUUCACCUGUGCAACUGGAAGGGGUGGACUCGGUCUCCACCCCUCCCUAAUCUUGUUUAAGAGCUGGCAGUCAUAAGGGAAGCAUCUCUACUUAGAGAGUAUGUCCUUUAGAGUGCACAGUGGGCCCUGACCCUUAGAAAGGAAAUGAAUUGAUUAUCUUUUUGGCAGACCAAAAGGAACCUUACUUUAAGCCCCGUGUUAAGUUACCAAUGAAAUCUCUAGGUGUUAUCAUAACCAGUGUAGUUCCAGGAGACUAUGAUGGUGACUCACAAAUGGAUGUCCUCCUGACUACCCGAACACAAAAUCAUGGCAAAGAUGAACUUUCAGUGUUCAUUUUCUGGGGACACAACCAAACAUUAGAUCUUAACCAUAAAACUAUGAUAAAUAAGACUUUUCAUGAUGAGCCUCUAGUAAUGGACUUUAAUGGUGAUUUGAUUCCUGAUGUCUUUGGUGUCACAGGUGAUUCAGAUAAGCCACAGAUACUGAUAGGCGGGAACUUAUCACGGCAUGCUGCACUGGACACCCAGAGUAGAAUGUAUAUACCACACUCUCAUGCGUUUAUAGACUUAAAUAAUGACUUCACAGCUGACUUGUUCCUUACUACCUCAAAUCCUGACAUUCAGUUUGAGACUUGGAUAAAUAAGGAUGGGAACUUCUCUAAAUCUGAAAAAAGUAAAGCAAAGCCUAGUGGUGCAGUGGUUGUUGGACAGUCUGUAUUUGCAGAUUUUGAUGGUGAUGGACGAAGUGAACAUUUGUUACCAGUAUGUGAAGACGUAAACUGUCAAAAAAGUGCCAUCUACUUAACUAAGCUAGGAAUGGAGCAGUGGAUUCCAGUCUUGCAAGACUUCAGAAAUAAAGACACACUUUGGGGCUUUGUAAAAAAUCAAACUGACAAAACUACAUCACAAGUUUCAUUUCCAAUGACCCUUCAUAUUGGAGAUUACAACAUGGAUGGCUACCCAGAUGCCCUUGCUAUACUAAAGAACACAUCUGGAAGCAAUCAACAAGCAUUUUUACUAGAAAAUGUCCCAUGCAAUAAUGCAAGCUGCAAGAGUGCACGUCGUAUGUUUAAAGUUUUUUGGGAGCUCUCUGAUCUAAAUCAAAUCAAAGAUGCAGUCGUGGCAACCUUCUUUGAUAUCUACGAAGAUGGAAUCUUGGAUAUCAUUGUAGUAAGCAAGGGCCACUCCAGUGAAGACUUUGCUAUCCAUACAUUAAAAAACAACUUUGAAGCAGAUGCAUAUUUUGUUAAAGUUAUUGUUCUCAGUGGCCUCUGUUCUAAUGACUGUCCUCGGAAAAUAACACCUUUUGGUGUUAAUCAGCCUGGUCCUUACAUCAUGUAUACAACUGUUGAUGCAAAUGGAUACUUGAAAAAUGGGUCAGCUGGACAGCUGAGCCAGUCAGCACAUUUUGCUCUCCAGUUGCCAUACAACGUGCUGGGCUUGGGACGUAGUGCUAACUUCCUUGAUCAUUUGUAUGUUGGAAUUCCUCGUCCUUUAGGAGAAAAGUCCAUAAGAAAACAAGAAUGGACAGCUAUCAUACCAAACUCCCAGCUUAUAGUCAUCCCAUAUCCUCAUAAUGUUCCUCGAAGCUGGAGUGCCAAGCUGUAUCUGACCCCGAGUAACAUAGUGCUGCUAACAGCUAUAGCCUUAAUUGGUGUCUGUGUUUUUAUCCUGGCAAUAAUUGGCAUAUUACACUGGCAAGAAAAGAAAGCAGAUGACAGAGAGAAGCGACAGGAGGCUCAUCGGUUCCAUUUUGAUGCUAUGUGACAUGCCUUAAUAUUUAUGGAGGAGCUGCUAUUCGUUUGCUUAAUUGAAAUACUAAAUUCUGAUUUGUAAAAUGAUUACUAUGGAAAAUACUGCUGGUGUGCUAUUUGUAAAUGUUGCAUUAUUUGGUAUUUAUUUGGAACAUAUUAAAAAUAGACCUGAAUGUCUCUUAAGGCCUUCCAGAAAAAAACUAAAACAAAAACAAAAAAACCUGUAUAUAAUAGCAUUUGGUCUUUAUUUAACAGAAGUGUACAUUAAUUUUUCAUAGUAAAAGGGAUCAUUUUGCAUGUACCGUUGUUUACAUACCACCAGUUCUUUAGUAAUAUAUUUGAUAGAAAGCUGUGUAAAUAAAGUUUAGUAUUUCAGUGAGCAGAAUACUUUGUACCACUGACAUUGGUAUUGUUAUUUACACAUUCCUGCAAAGUAAACUGCAUUUCUGAAAAUUAAUCUUGAGCAGUUUCUCAGAUGACAUAAUCAUUAAUUGAUUGCUUAAUGGAAAGUAUUCUGUAUUUUUCAUUGUUUUAAUUUGUAUGUGCAAUUGCUAAAGAAUUUGGGACUUGGGGAACUAAAAGAAACCUUCAGUGUUGCUGCUAGUUUGGUACUUGUGGGAUAGAUGGUAUUUAUACGUUAGCUCUAGAAAGAUGAUGAUGCAUUAAAAAGAACUGAAGUAAUAAAAUGUAUCAGCGUGACACAAACUGCUUUUGUAAUUAUAGCAUAACUUAGGCCUUUUAGAAAGGCCUGAAGCCAUGGAAGUAACCUCUGUGGGUUCUGCUCUUGUAAGAAAGGUGGGGGACUUUGUAUUUGGCUGGUGCUUGGGCUUUUGUAGAGACACAAAAAGAAGAAUUUUGGAGGGGAAGGAGAAUGAGGAUUGAUUCCCUAAUAUUCAUGAUUAAUAGAUGAAAGUACAGAGAUUAAUUAGCAUAGGACACUCAGAAUAAGCAGUGCCCAAAUAUCAUAAGGCUGUAAUAACUACAGAAGCAGAGGGGCUCAAUUCUAUAUAAAUGGUGAUAAUGUAACAGUUGCUCAAUAUAAUUUAAAUCCUGACAUAGUCUCUAAAAAUAAUAAUGCUUGCAUUUAAUAGUUGUUCCUAUAUUCUCCGUGAUAAGAGUUUAUAUGAUUUAUUGUACAUUUAAAGCUGUCAGCUUGCAUUCCUAAUAAAUCCCAUUUGAUAAAUUAGAAUGCACUUCAUCAUCAAACUAAAAAGUGUUGUUCUUACAGACAGUCACCUCAGUAGAGAUAGUGGUCAAUGAGAACUCCUUAUCUCCUCCACCCGGGCACCUGUCCUGCAACCUUACAUACAUUUGUCAUACAGGAAGAGUAAAGGGAGAGCAGGUACAGAGCUUGAACUCCCUGAAGCACACAGCAGUGCUGAAGUGACCCAUAGUAACAGCAGCUCCAAGUCAAAAAUCUGAAAGGUACUGAAAGGCCACUACGUUAUGUAGUUUUUACAAGAUACUUGUAAUUUGAACUGAUCAGAUUCUACCAAAGCAGACUUUCAAAUUACAUUUCCCUUAGUUUUCAGGGAAGCAUAUUUCCUUAAUACACGCCUUUAAUAUUUCUCUUAGAGUAAUGUGGAAAGGUAGAUUAUUUAGAUAAAUCCUUAAAGCUAUUGCACUUUUUAAACCCCACUGCUAGAAUUCUCUCCCAUCAGCAGAAGUAAUAACAGGUUUCAUAAUCAAGAGGAAGCACAAUCUAAUGUGUUCUCUGUGUUUUUCGGAUGGUUGGAGAAUAAGGCUAAAAUGCAUAAUGCCACUGUGGCAGCAAAGUCAUCUGCAGCCCUCUAUCGCAAUAUAAUAAACAUACAUUAGCCUCCUUAUGUUUUUUUGGAGAAAUAAUUAGGAAUGAAAUAACCUCAUGCUGACAUUUAAGCUGUUACCCAGUUAACGAAGCAAUGAACUCAGUAUCCCAUGCUUUAAGGUGGUUUGCAUGCUCAGUAGUGCAUUCUUACAUCACUUCGUGUACAAUACUUUCUUGGAGCUUUAAUAGCUUUCUUAUAAUAAACUGUGACAGGUUGUAACUGCUCACAGCUUGGCUUAUAACUCUAUGCAUACUAUUCUGAAUUAAGGCAUUAAAUAGUGUUAAACCUCUUG